AACAGACACUGUUUGAUAGUGAAUGCAGCAGCCGGGGAGGAAAGCAUCAGACACAGAGGAGGACGUCAACACGUUACUGGACAGCAGCUCAUAGCGCAGGUAUGGACAAUAAGGCAUUGGAACCAGAUUCUGUGAGUAUCACAAUGGAAGAGGCUGUUGCGUGUAACAGAGAUGGACAACCUCUGGCCCAGCUUCAACCUCAGCAGCAGCAGGAGCCAUCCAUGUUGACCCACCUGAAGAAGGUUGAGAACGAUAUCACUGAAGCACAACGUUUCUCCCACCUCCCCAAACGCUCAGCUGUGGACCUGGAGUUCACUGACCUCUCCUACACCAUCCAAGAGGGACCAUGCUGGAGGAGGAGAGGUUACAAAGCCCUACUGAAGUGCCUAUCUGGAAGGUUCUGCAGUCGGGAGCUGAUCGGUAUCAUGGGGCCCUCAGGGGCCGGGAAGUCCACCUUGAUGAACAUUUUAGCUGGAUACAGAGAAACGGGGAUGAAGGGUCAGAUCCUGGUCAAUGGUAAGCCCAGGGAUCUGAGGACAUUCAGGAAAAUGUCCUGCUACAUCAUGCAAGAGGACAUGCUGCUGCCACAUCUCACUGCACGGGAGGCCAUGAUGGUUUCAGCCAAUUUGAAGCUGGAUGAAACCAAAGAUGUGAAAAAAGCACUGGUGAAUGAGAUUCUAACUGCCUUAGGGCUCCUCGACUGUGCUCACACUCGCACCAGCUCGCUGUCAGGAGGACAGUGUAAACGGCUGGCCAUUGCCCUUGAGCUGGUCAACAAUCCUCCAGUCAUGUUCUUCGAUGAACCCACAAGUGGCUUAGACAGUGCAUCUUGCUACCAGGUGGUCUCACUAAUGCGUUCUCUGGCGCUGGGAGGACGGACCAUCAUCUGCACCAUCCACCAACCCAGUGCCAAACUGUUUGAGAUGUUUGACAAGCUUUACAUUCUCAGUCAGGGGCAGUGUAUCUACAAAGGCUCAGUCCCUUACCUCAUCCCCUAUUUGAAGAGUCUGGGCCUUUACUGUCCCACCUACCACAAUCCUGCAGACUUCAUUAUUGAAAUUGCAUCAGGAGAGUAUGGAGACUUGAACCCUGCGUUGUUUGAGGCGGUCCAAGGUGGAAUGUGUGCACUAGAGGAGAAGAAGAACCAGUGUGGUACCAAUGGGACGUCGGUCUGUGCCACAAAGUACCCUAUGAAUGCUGGACACAUAGAGAGCCAUACUUUUUCAACAAGCACACUAACACAGUUCUGUAUCCUCUUCAAGAGAACCCUCAUAACAAUAUGUCGAGACCAGGUUUUGACCCACCUCAGACUGAUGUCCCACAUCGCCAUAGGUGUGUUAAUAGGCUUGCUCUAUCUGAACAUUGGCAAUGAUGCCAGUAAGGUCUUUAACAACACUGGGUUCCUCUUCUUCUCCAUGCUUUUCCUCAUGUUUGGUGCGCUCAUGCCGACCGUGUUAACUUUUCCUCUGGAGAUGUCUGUGUUCCUGAGGGAGCAUCUUAACUACUGGUACAGCCUGAAAGCCUACUACCUUGCCAAGACCAUGGCUGAUAUCCCAUUUCAGGUUAUCUGCCCCAUCAUGUACUGCAGCAUAGUGUACUGGAUGACGGAACAGCCCCCUGAGGCCAGCCGCUACCUACUCUUCAUAGCCCUGUCCACCUGCACGGCCCUGGUAGCCCAAUCCCUCGGCCUGCUUGUUGGGGCCGCUUCCAACUCACUACAGGUAGCCACAUUUGUUGGACCUGUCACAGCCAUCCCAGUGCUGCUUUUCUCCGGAUUCUUUGUGAACUUUGACACAAUCCCCAAGUAUCUGCAGUGGAGCUCAUAUGUGUCUUAUGUCAGGUAUGGGUUUGAAGGAGUGAUCCUGUCUAUCUAUGGGAUGAACCGCUCAGAACUGGAGUGUCCCGGAAAGGUGUGUAAAUUCCAACAGCCUGAGGAGGUUCUGCAGUUACUGGAUGUGGAAGACGCAAAGCUCUACAUAGAUUUCAUCGUCCUAGGCAUUUUCUUCAUCAUCCUACGACUGGCCACCUACGUUGUCCUCCGCUACAAGAUCAAGUCGGAGCGAUAGUUUUUUUAUAUCUAGAGGCUCUCCCUGAUGUCGUUGCAGACCUGAUCUUUUUCUAUGCACAGAAAAACAACCUCUGUCAUGUGGGAAUUUCAUUUCAUUUUACACAUUGCUGCUAACGGGACAGGACAUAAAUUCUGUCUGAUGGUGUAUAACAUAUUCCUGUUUGACCUCAGACAUCAGAACUUAACUUCUGCACACAAAGGUAGACCAGUCACGAGGAGGUGACGAUACUGCCGCCUCAUACUGUACAUACAUUUCAUAUUCCUGCAAGACAGAAAUGUUUUCACAUUUAAGCAAACGUGCAAAUACAGUGUUUACAUUCCUACAUACAACCUGAGGACGCACUGGGGAACAAGUCGCAUGUGUUGUGCCUGAAUGAGUGAAAAUGAAUUACAAGUUUCCAUCUUAAUCAUGGUGUCAUUAUAUCUGCACACUGGAUGAGACAGUAUGUUUGAGUUAGUUUUUAUUUCUUAUGAUAGGUCUUAUGAUUGAAUAUGGAGUCCUGAAGCAUUUAAUUCCUGUGUAGCAAUGUAAUCAUUUGAGCUAGAUUGUUUAUUUUAACAUUUUGAUAGUUGUAAAUUAAGCUCUGUUAUGAUUGCCUACCAAUAUUUGGUGUUUUUAUACUCCUCCUAUAAAACAAUCUAAAAUCUUACAGAUCAUAGUUGGAAUAAAAUUGUUCAGCCUAAAUGAUUUUAUACUGCGCUGUAUAUUCUUAAGUAUUAUAUGUUUAUGCAAUAUCAAUGUUUUUAAGCAAAAAUAGGUGAAUUACUUACUUUAAUAACUGUUCUUUUGUAUCCUCACUACAGCCAGUAAUGUCACACGGACACAGCAUGCUCAUACUGUAAUGUUUGGUGCUAACUGAAGUUUCAUGUUUUAUUCGAGUAACACUUUUUCAAUGGGCUAAUUAAGGGUUAGGCUUUUAGUUUGGAUGUUUAAGGUUAGGGUAAGGGGCGAGGGAAUGUGUAUGUCAUCACCAAGAUAGAGGUACAAAUGUGUGUGUGUGUGUGAUGUGUCGUAUGAAGGUAUCUCUAUAAGAACUUACCCAGUGAAUUCAGUUUAUCACUGUUAUGUGAAAACAUUUUGUCGUCUCCUCUCACUCAGACAUUCCCAUAAAACAUAUCCACAUAUCAGCAUCUGGGUGGAAUCAGAUGUCAACAAACCAAACACCACCUUAACUGGCUCUAUGAAAGAGCUGUGAUUCCACCCAGAGCUCCAUCUAGAUAUCUGAGCGCUGCACUGUCUCACCAAUGUCACGUAUGUAGAAUGCAGCAGCAGAUUGUCAGGGUAAGAUGGGUUCACAACAACAGGAACCUAUUCGAAACAUGCAGACGAGAGGCAGACCAUGCAGGAGGCAGGACAUAAUGUAUAAAGUCUCUUGCUAUCCCUGCAACCUGUUAGAAUUUGAGCAUCGUUGUCUCUUGAACUUGGCGUCUUCUAGGCUCAUCUUGUUAAUUCAGAAAUAUUUGUAUUAUUUUUGUUUAGCAUCACAUGAUGGAAACACAACCAUUUGCUCGCUGUGAUUUUUUUCAGAAGUUUUCCUGCCGUAUCCUCAUAUGGGCUCAAAGUUUCAGGAAGAUGUCCACACUCCAGUGCAUGUCUGAAAGCAGGUCCAGUUUGAGCCACCACACAAAGCUAACUCCGUAUAGCUCACUACCAUCAGGUUCAGUGUUCAGACCCUUCAGCAUCUCAGGUCAAAUCUCAUCGAACCCAGGUGCCUUACCACUGCUACCUCAGUGGGAUAUGAAUGAGGGCUUCCUCUGACUUCCACCUCUUUUAUGAAAGGGCAUAAUCCAUUGGUCAGUCACUUGGGUUGACACCACAUACACUAAUAAACCACUUGAACAUAUUAUGGACGACUCAUUGUGAAGUCCGAAAACAAAGCUCCACUCAGGUUCAAAUAUGGCCGACUGUUCCUCCCAAACACAUCCCAUCUGAAAUCUGUCUGUGACCAAUCCAGAGACUCCAAGAAGGCUGAGUAUUGUGAACAUGUGUUUCUUUGAAUAAGUAUGACAUGAAAGCGUUUAACCCUUUAACACUAUUACUAAUCUUUUUUUUAGCUUCUCCUCUCUCACCACAACACACCAGCAAGCACACUGGUGUUUGUGUGCAAACGUUUUUUUUUCACUGUUACUAAUAAACUUGU